UCCCAGGAGAGGUGGGAGUAAGAAGUUUUAGGGGGCCCUGACUCGGAAAGGUCAAGGGUCAGUGUGGAGUCUCCGCUGGUGAUGGUGAAGCAGACGAUCCAGAUUUUCGCUAGGGUGAAGCCCUCGGUGCGGAAGCAGCAGCAGGGGAUUUAUUCCAUAGAAGAAGAUGAAAAAUUAGCACCUAGCUUAGAAAUUCUCUUACCCCGAGAUCUGGCAGAUGGCUUCGUGAACAAUAAGCGAGAAAGCUACAAGUUUAAAUUUCAAAGGAUUUUUGACCAAGAUGCUAAACAAGAGAUCAUUUUUGAGAUCAUUGCCAAGCCAGUCGCUGAGAGUGUCUUGGCAGGUUACAACAGUACCAUCUUUGCAUAUGGGCAGACGGGCAGUGGCAAGACAUUCACCAUCACAGGUGGAGCUGAACGCUACAGUGACAGAGGGAUCAUCCCGAGGACUCUGUCGUAUAUUUUUGAGCAGUUACAAAAGGACAGCAGCAAGAUCUACACGACACACAUUUCUUACUUGGAAAUCUACAAUGAAUGUGGCUAUGACCUGCUGGAUCCAAGACACGAAGCCUCCAAACUGGAAGAUCUGCCGAAAGUGACAAUAUUGGAGGACCCUGAUCAGAACAUUCACCUGAAAAACUUGUCUCUUCAUCAGGCAACAACUGAGGAGGAAGCUUUAAAUCUGCUUUUCUUGGGGGACACCAACAGGAUGAUCGCCGAGACUCCUAUGAAUCAAGCUUCAACUCGAUCACACUGUAUUUUUACUGUUCACUUGACCAGCAAGGAGCCAGGGUCUGCCACCGUUCGACAUGCUAAGCUCCAUCUGGUUGACCUAGCUGGGUCAGAGCGUGUUGCAAAAACUGGAGUUGGGGGCCUGCUUUUGACAGAAGCCAAGUACAUCAAUUUGUCACUGCACUACCUGGAGCAGGUCAUCAUUGCCCUUUCGGAAAAACACCGUACACACAUCCCUUACAGGAACUCCAUGAUGACCAGCGUGCUCCGAGACAGUCUGGGAGGGAACUGCAUGACCACUAUGAUCGCAACUCUGUCUUUAGAGAAGAGGAACAUCGAUGAGUCUAUCUCUACCUGCAGAUUUGCUCAGCGAGUAGCCCUCAUCAAAAACGAAGCCAUCCUCAAUGAAGAAAUUGAUCCCAGGCUGAUGAUUAUCCGCUUGCAAAAGGAGAUUGCAGACCUGAAGGCAGAGCUGGCGGUGGCCACCGGAGAGGAGCGGACUGAGGCACUCACCGAGGCAGAGCUCCAGCAGCUGGAAAAACUAAUCGCAUCCUUUUUGGAAGACCAAGAUCCAGAGAGUAGACUGGAAGUUGGCGCCGAUAUGCGUAAAAUCCACCACUGUUUUCAUCAUUUUAAGAAGCUGUUGAAUGACAAGAAGACCCUAACAAAUCCUGUCUCCUCUGAAACCACACACCAAGUAUGCCAAGAACCGCUGAAAGAUACAGAAUAUACAAAGCUCCGAGAUCUUCUCAAGCAGAGGGACAAUGAAAUCAAUAUCCUGGUCAAUAUGUUAAAAAAGGAAAGGAAGAAAGCUCAGGAUGGCCGCCACUUAUCAAGCACAGAGAAAAGUGAAGCCAAACCGCCCUGGAACUCACCCUUCACUCCUGGGAGCCCCGCAGGCGCGCGGACUUCAUUCUCCCCAGCCGUGAGCCAGGCUCAGGACCUCAGCAUCUGCAGGAACAGACCCAGCUUGCUCCACAAAAAAACAGGAAUGAGAGAGGAGAUGUCGCUGGGACGCCAGGAGGCUUUUGAGAUUUUCAAGAGGGACCACGCCGACAGUGUCACCAUCGAUGACAACAAACAGAUUUUGAAGCAGAGAUUUUCUGAAGCAAAGGCACUGGGAGAAAGUAUAAAUGAAACAAGGAGCAAAAUUGGGCAGCUGAAGGAAGCUAUCACCCAGCGGCACCUACAGCAAGUAGCUAUUGGGAUCGCAGAGAACAUGGUCGCACCCUCCACGCCUGACCUCCAGGAAGAGAAACUGCGAGCACAGCUCGAGGAGGAAAAGAGCAGGUACAAAACUACAUUCAUGCGCCUGAAAGCCUUGAAGGUGGAGAUUGAGCACCUGCAGCUGCUCAUGGACAAAGCCAAGGUCAAGCUACAGAAGGAGUUUGAAGCCUGGUGGGCAGAGGAAGCCACCAGCCUGCAGGAAAACCCCCCAGCCUCGAGCCCCCAGGACCGUGUGAAGCCAUUUCCCCAGGAGGAACAGACUCAGCUUAUCUCCAAGAAAAGUUCUCGAGGCUGGGAAGUUGAAGAUGGCUCUGGCAUAGAUGUCUGUGAUAGGAAUGCCAGAAGAAUUCUCCCCUCACCCUGCCCCAGUCAGCACAGCGAAAAGCCCAGUGGCUGCAGGACCCAGCCGCAAGACAGCAUCUCCGAAAGGCCAGUGUCAUCCAUCCCUCUCACUGGAGACAGACAGACCGACUCUGACAUCCUGGCCUUCAUCAAAGCCAGACAGAGCAUUUUGCAGAAGAAAUGUAAGUCUACAUCCUCUGGGACCCUCCAGGGUCUGCCUGUCCCCAACUCUUCUGUCCUACACUUGGGAGAAGGAGGAGGCUAA